UAUGUACAUCGUCCAAUUAUAUUCAGAGGUGGUUCAAGUGCAGGGUUUUCGGGGGAAAGGGAAACAUAGGGGACCCGAAGAUCUAAAGGAUAAGGGAGAAUAUUACAACACACUCUGGAUUUGCAAGUAACAUUGGCAUAAUUGAUGCAUUUAAACUGUAUUUUAAAUUGUAUCGGCGGUGUGGAAGGAUCUAUCGGUAAAAGCAGGACUGCGUAAAACUAAUAGGGUGAGGGGGGAUUGGGGAAGCGAGAGUUGUUGGGUCAAAAUGUCGAUUCAGUACGAAGUGGAACCGUUGGCAGACAGCUAUGGGGUUGCGGACUCGUUUCCCAAAGAUUUUGGCUAUGGAGAAGAGGAGGCCGACAUCGAGGAUAGCCCGACUCCAUCUGACAGCAAACCUAGAAUUCUGUUAAUGGGUUUGCGAAGAAGUGGCAAGUCGUCAAUACAGAAGGUGGUAUUCCACAAAAUGUCUCCUAACGAGACGUUGUUCCUGGAGAGCACCAACAAGAUCUACAAGGACGACAUCUCCAGUAGCUCGUUUGUCAACUUCCAGAUCUGGGACUUCCCGGGUCAAGUGGACUUCUUCGACCCCACCUUUGACUACGAGAUGAUCUUCAGAGGCACGGGUGCUUUGAUAUUCGUCAUUGACGCACAGGAUGACUAUGUGGAGGCAUUGGGCAGACUCCACCUCACCGUGUCGCGGGCCUACAGGGUCAACCCUGAGAUUAACUUUGAGGUGUUCAUCCACAAAGUGGACGGCCUCUCCGACGACCACAAGAUCGAGACCCAGAGGGACAUCCACCAGAGAGCCAACGACGACCUGGCAGACGCCAGCUUAGAGAAGCUUCACCUCAGUUUCUAUUUGACAAGUAUCUAUGACCACUCAAUAUUCGAGGCCUUCAGUAAAGUGGUCCAGAAGCUUAUCCCACAGCUGCCAACACUGGAAAACCUUCUAAACAUCUUUAUAUCCAACUCCGGCAUAGAGAAGGCCUUUCUGUUUGACGUGGUCAGUAAGAUCUACAUCGCCACAGACAGCAGUCCGGUGGACAUGCAGUCUUAUGAGCUGUGUUGUGACAUGAUCGACGUGGUUAUAGAUGUCUCCUGCAUCUAUGGUCUGAAGGAGGACGGCAGUGGUAGUGCCUACGACAAGGAGUCCAUGGCCAUCAUCAAGCUGAACAACACCACAGUCCUCUACCUGAAAGAGGUCACCAAGUUCCUGGCGUUGGUCUGCAUCCUCCGAGAGGAGAGCUUUGAGCGCAAAGGCUUGAUAGACUACAACUUCCACUGUUUCCGGAAGGCCAUCCACGAGGUGUUUGAGGUGGGCGUUUCCACACCGUGGACGGGCUCCCAAGCGGCCGGCACGCCCUGCAACAAGGCUGUGACACUCAACGGCACACCCCGGAGCACUGUCUAAACACACAUAGGCAGACGGCGAGAGGAUAGGAAUGGACAAAAAGAAAGAUGGGGAGGGAUCGUGCGGAAAAGACUAAUGGAUUGGGGUUUUCAGUAAACCAAUCAUAACUCUCGCACCCAGAUCCUAAAAAUCACAGGAAGAGGACUAUCACAGGAAGAGGACUAGAGGUAAAAAUUCAAAUGAAGAGUCAGGGCUGAACCCGAAGCUCAGAGGCCAAGGAGGACUGCGAGCUUACAAAGCUAGGAUGGAAGGGAAACUAAGUGCAGAGAUACUAGGAACAUUCGUACAUUUCGUGUGAAUGCAAGGCAUUGUUUUCCGCUGUUCGGCACUCUUUGCCACGAGUAAAAACAGUCCAACAGGACUGGUAUACGUAAGCAAAAGCCUAUUUGGCAUUUGGGAACUUUCAGUGAGAUAGGCCUCACGUGCUGCAAGUCCCAAGAGACCUGAGGAAGCUUGGUAAUAUCGUUAUCUGUUUUAGCUGCUGGUUCAUCCAUGUGAAGAAGUACUUAAAAAAAAAAAAUGUAAACGUUGAUGUAACCCUCGAUAAGGAUAAGAAACUGCGAAGGCUGUAACGGGGAUAAGUAUAGUUGUGUAACCCUGUGCAGACGUCUGGGUCGAAAUGCUUGGUGUUUAUCCAAAACGCACAUGGUAACACUUUCUCAAGGCCUUAUUUAGAUAGAAAGCUUGCAACAGGCAAACUCAAUCGCUACUCACUCGCCUGUAUGCUGCCCAAGACUUUGCUUCUGGUUUCAUUCAUUCUGAAGAAAACAGGGUUCCUCAGACUGCAAAAGGGAUUGUAGUGUCCACUUUUUCUUCUGUUGUGUGUGUCUGGAAAAGAGGAUAGUUGGUGAUUUAUGGAUUCAUGACUGCCCCAUGUUGAUUUGCCAGUGCCGGCCCUAUGCUCAAAGUUGCUGUAGUGUCAUACUGUAUAAUGCUAUGCCAUGUAGGAAAACUGAGCUAAAAAAUAAACCUGUUACCAGCG